UAUGAGCAUCGUCCGGUCUUCGCCAGCAUCCCAAAGUCCACACAUGCUUCUAUCAUUUCCCUCACAGCAACAGCUACUUACCUUCAUGCCCAGCUGCUAUAGCUCAAGUAGCCAUCACGAUAACGCCUUUUGCACAUUCCUACAUCAACAAAACACGUGAAAAUCCAAUCAGACCGACCUUUCCUAUCUGUAAAAUGGCGCCGCCUGCCGAAAUCACAAUACCAACCACAUCACUGCACACACCAGCGGACAACUCCAAACCCUACACACUCUACAACAUCACCCUCCGCCUACCACUCCGAACGUUUGUCGUCCAGAAACGCUACUCCGACUUUGCGACCCUACAACAGUCACUCCAAUCACUCGUUGUCGACCAUCUCCUCCCCGAGCUUACUGAAGACCGCCGCCGCGGCCUCGAGUCGUACCUGCGCGCAAUCGCAGAGUCACCAGACCGCAGGUGGCGCGAAACGCCUGCAUGGCGGCAAUUCAUGAACCUGCCUGGCAUUAACAGCGCCAGCAAUUCUGCCGCAAGUGUCCGUGCUGGCGCCGGAUUCGGCAUUCCCAAUAAAGAUGCGGCGAAUGUGGCAGCCGCGCAGGACCCGGGCACAUGGAUUGAUCUGCACAGGGAGUUGAAGAGCGAGCUGCAGGAGUCACGACGAUGCUUAGCCAGACGAGAUGGCGCGAUGGACAAUGCGACGGCUUUGGAAGCCGGAGCGGCAGCCAAGCGGGCGCUUGUCAAAGCUGGGGGCUUGCUGACUGCGUUGACCAAUGGGCUGCGCGUGAUACAGGAAGGCAAAAGGUUGGGCGAUGGCGAGAUAAGGCGGCGGAAGGAUUUGCUCGCUGCGGCUCGUGUGGAUCGCGAGGAUCUCGACAAACUGAGCAGUUCCCUGGCGGCGCGCGCCAAAUCCAAUUCAGCCAACGGCAUGCCUUCAGCGAGCGACAAGGUGGCCUUGAUAGGGCAUGGGCCCAGGGCUGGCGGAAGGGUACUGGGUGCGCCGCUGCCCGAGACGGAGCGCACGAGAGAGCGUGACAAUCGGGGCGUGGUACAGUUGCAGCAACAGAUGAUGAGGGAGCAAGACGAGGAUGUCGACAGCUUGACGCAGAUUGUGCGGAGACAGAAGGAGAUGGCUAUGGAGAUCCACAGCGAGGUCGAGAGCCAGACUCAGGCGCUCGACAGACUUAACGAAGAUGCCAGUCGGUUAGGCAGCAAGGUGGACAUUGCCAAAAACCGGACCAAGCGCAUCUCUUGACUGGUAGCUCCGCUGGAGUUAGCUGCGCGGGGACUUAUCUUGGGCAUCGAAAUCAUAGUCGUGGUGCUACGACUUGAGGAAGGGCUUCUGGAGUGGAUCACAUGGUUUGUACAAGCUACACUGAUGUUGCGGAGGGUGAAGAGGACUGCAGCUGCUUCAACGGAGUUGAGCACACAUUAUACCGGGGAUUGAUAGGAUACGUGAUGACGCCAAUUUAAUACGACAAAUACCCA